CUAUGAUAAGUUACGUAGAAUACGCAGGACCGAGUGAUGGAGUUAGAAAGGCAGCAAUAAGCUCACUUGUAUCAGGUUCAAUGGUUCCAAUGGCUUCUGCCUGCGGCAACGCCAGUUGGAGUCUGGAUUUUGAAGGCCCAGCCCUUCAGUGCUCUGCUAUAGGUCCAGAUGACGAAUUGCGCAUCAAUAUUACUGAAAUAGCAAAGGAUUGGUGUUUUGGGGCUGGACAAUGUUACCAGUACAUAUCCUGGAUGCCAGGAUCAACUACAGACCAUUCACCAUUUUCGGGAGAUUACGACUACACCAAAGAUACGGUUUCUGGGCCUGAGAAUGGCCCGAUCACCUUACACGUUGCCGAUAGCCACUCAGGCGAGGACGAAUGGACCCCAUCCAUGAUAGGUUUUGAUUCAUUCACGAAGUGCACCUUGUACAGCGCUUCAUACCACACCGACUUUAUAUAUCGAUCCGGAAUUCAGGAGAUUAGGACCACGAAAACAAUGAAUAAGCCUAGCGACCCUUGGCUCUCUUCUCUUAUUGACCAAUCGACGACCACAUUCGAUAAGGUCGCUGGUGUCCCCUUUCAAGCGGUCAUGGACGCCUUCUCGUCCAUGCUGAUUGGGAACGUUUUGCUCCAAUGGUAUAGUUCGCACGACACGCCCUUUGUUCACACGCAGGCGGGAACAACAAAUUUGGCUAAGAACUUGAGGGGGUUUGGGAAGCAGUCUAGCAAUGAAACAGAAGGCGAUCGCGCAAUUUCUGCAUUGCGGGAGGAGAUGUUUCUCAAUGUUACCCUGAGUCUCAUAUCGCAAGCCGACCUUAAGUAAGUUGCUUGCUCCUCGAGAAACACACAAUGCCAUGGGAACCAGCCUUGGAGACUAUCGACUGACAACCUUGAUCAGUCCUUCCGAGCCAAUUCGAGUCAACAUCGAGACAGACUCGUGGCAGAACAUCUACAAUUACUCGGUAGUCUUCUUGUGG